UCAGUCAGUCAAUGGGCUUUGAGUAUCAAUUCGAGCAGCUCCCGAGUGAUACCGAUAAACAUGAGACUCGCUACAACGGUGUGUCUUUUAGUUGCCUUUUGUACUGUCAAUGCUAAUCCUUUGGAUUCACUUAGGACUGGUGUGCAAAGAUCGAGAAAACAAGUGCAGGAUAUUAUAGAACAGCUCGAGCGUCUUCAAAGUAACAUCGCGCAUGACACAAUUUUCAAAAUAAAAAAUAUUUGGAUAGGACAAAGGCAAAGACUCAACGAUUACAGCAAUCCGAUAAUUGAUGCGAUACGUAAAGAAGUGGAAGCCGCGAAGGCAGAGGGCAAGAAUGCGCAGCCAUGCUACGAUACCGCUUCUAAUAGUUUGAAAAACAUUUGGGACUUAGCGUCAAGUGAUGCUCAGCGACAAUGCGUCGACACUGCUGAGAGCUCCAUCAAGAGCGAACUUGAUUUUAUCAACAACCUUAUCACGACCGGACGUACGCUGAUAAUAGAAUUGGACAGCAUCUUCCCAAACUGCUUCAGUAAUGACAUUUUCCAAAUGCAGAGAUGCGUCGCCCUCAAGCUGUCGACAGCCAAUAUCGCCGUGAGAGACUUGCAGAACAAAGCAAAUUCCGCCAAACUCACCGCCGAGUCAGCGUCCAAUAAUAUCUUUUUGCAGGGAAAUAAUUGCCUGUAUAAUGUUUAUUCGACCGCGAUCUCGCAGAUCACGGAGGUCAGAUUGGCCGCUACCAAAUGCCUUAAGGCUUUGUAAACCCAGUGUUGAGUCGAUUGACCGUAUUGACCGCGUGACUAUGACUCUUUUAAAAAAAUUGCUUUCGAGAGGAAUCGUUAAUAUCGUUAAUAUCGUUAUGCCGGUUAUGCCGAUUAUGCCCGAGAUACCGCUGGUUAAAAAAAGACAGUUUCACGAUUACUUUCAUCUUAUCUACUCGUUUAUCGAAUAUCUGGCUAACAAUAAGUUAAACACGUGGUUCAUCAAUAUUCAUAAAAAUUCGUAAAUUCAUGAGAUCGGUGCGAGACAAACGAACUUAUAAAAGUCGUCGUUCCUAAUUUUAGUCGUCUACUUAUUAAAAUAAUUUAAAAUAAUUUUGGCAUGCGAAUCUUGCAAAAUCCUGAUGGAAAUGUUUCGCAAUCAAUUGUGACGGUUGAUUUGUAACGUAUGAUACAGCGAUAUACCUAUUAUAAGCUACGAUAUGUUCGAUUUGAUAUCGAACUCGUAUCGAUUUCUGUUUCGCGAAUAUUGAUCACAAUCAACAAGCGGUUUUAAUUAUUGGAUAUUCUAUUAAGAUAUUGCAUAAGUAUAUCAGACGAAAUAAAUCUAAUCUGAUUGACAUUGACAAUGACAAUGACAUUUUCAAGUGGAACGAAUGAAAUAGUUUAACGAGAGAUAAGUUUAUCUCUCUUUCUCUCAGAUAUCAUACAUGUACGAUGCAUAUAAAUAUAGCAUCUAGUUUACAUUCAAUAAAGUAUUUAUGAGGAUCUCUUAAAGAGAUUUACGAUUAUA